GUGUGUCUGCUGGUAGAAAAACGCUAAUUGUUAUUGUUAGCUUGUAGGCCAGAGGAUAAAGCCGAGAAAGUGAGCUAUGACAGAGUAAUAACGCCUUAUUACAUGUCUGUGGAUAAGUUAUUACAAACACAAAGUGAUGGAAAACGGAACCAGGACAGAUAAUUCUACAUCUACGUCCAAGGAGCAUCCAAACUCACUCAACAUGCAAGUUCCUAAAAUUGAAGCCUCAUUUUCCAUACCUUACGAAGAAGGUAACUUUGAGCAACCUGGAUUUUUCAAUGACAGUGAACAGAGUUUUGAAGAAUCUCCUUCCUCAGUUGGUCCAUCUCAAGUCAGCAACUCUUACAUAUUAAUAACGAACUUGCGGACUCAGCUUCAGAUCUCUCUGGAGAAAAACUCUUGGCUGCAAAAACGUAUUGAAGAUUUGGAAGAGGAGAGAGACUUCCUACGAUGCCAGUUGGAUCGAUUCAUCUCGUCCACAAAGAAUACAGAGCCAGAUCAGAGCCAGAGACAGUACAGUAAUGGCUAUGACUCCGGGCGCUAUACCUGGAGAGGAAGAAAAAAUGAUGAGCGUCCUAUGGAGCAACAGAAGACAGACUCACAGCAUUUUCAAACACGUCAGUUUAUUCCUCGGAGGCCUGGUCCUGCUUCACUAAUGGGGUCCAAGAAUCAUGUUGCAAAUCAAAUAACUAAUCAACUCGCCUCCAUGAACGCCCUGUUCAACUCACAAUCUCAAGCACUACUGCAAGGACAAAGCACUUCUGCUGUCACGCCUGGAGGCAGCAGUGCAAACAUCAACAAUACAAGGCCCCCCAUCAGUGCACACAAUAAUGUUACAGAUUCCAUUUCUCUUUUGGGAGAGUCUUCUAAAUAUCUGGAUCAGGAGGCAUUUGUGGAGGACGAGGAGCUGAUAUCAGGGGAAGACAUGAUCCCAGACGACAUCAACUUUAACCAACCGCAGCUGAAGAAAAGACGAGUGAUGAGGAGUGGACGAGAAAGACAGAGAGUGAAAGAUGCUGCUGGAGUCUUGUUUCGUUACAAAAAGAUUCUUCUUACUUACCAGAGGCUUAAGAAUAUGACCAAGGCCUUUGAGAUCCAUGGUGUAGACCGCAACACAGUGGCUUCCACUACCCCAAUAGCAGAACUACUACUAGUAGCCCCUGAAAAACUGGCUGAGGUGGGUGAAUUUGACUCGUCCAAAGAGAAGCUAUUGGACUAUGCGCGGCGCUGCUAUGCUGCUCUGGACGAGGAGACAUUGUGCAGAGUACAGGCCCUGAAGAAGAAUAACCUGCUCCUGCCAAUCUCGUACAGGUUUAGAAACUGAGGUUAGUGCUAUUAGAGGGUUUUGUUACUCUUCCUGUAUAUUUUAACUUUUUAUAUUUUGUAUUGCUGUAUCAUUGUUUUAUUUUUGUCACUUACGUAGUGAUUUAGCUCUUUGCAAUAUUUGUAGGUUCUUUGUAAUACUUGAAGUGUACCAUUUCAUCUACUAAAUUUGUAUAAACACAUUUUAAGUAGUUUUAGUAGUAAAACUGAACUGAUGGUGGCGUUGUUAUUGUUAUGUUCAUUACAAAAAGCAUGCAAAAAUAUGUAUAUUGUGGUCUGUACCUUAUUGUCCAAAUAAUUAAGAAGAAAAUGUAUAUUAUUUUUACUUGCACAUUAAAUCAUGUACUGUUUGUUACUUGUAAUGUGGAAAGUUGUUGCUGGUCCUUAUUCCAACAAAUUGUAUCUUUCAUCACAAUUUGUGUAUAAAUGAUUAAGAAAUUUACUCAUCAAACUAUUUUUUACAAUAUUCCAGACUGAAAUAUUAUUAAAAUACGCUGUGAAAUGUA